AACGUGAUUGGAGAUCGGUUCUUAACAGAAGUCCGGCAUUACCGCUAAGAUAAUCAUCAUAUUCAACAACAUCUCAAGCUAAGCGGGAAUAUUAAUUCGCCAUGGCUUCGUCUACAGGGUCAGUUCCGCCGCAACAACCACUAUUUCGAGCAGUGGCGAGCUCGACAAGGCAAAUAUAUCAACUACUCAAGUGUAUCAGCUUUACGGCUAAGGUUCAAGUUCAAAUAACUCAGGAUGGCAUCAGGUUUGCGGCCGACCAUUCGCGCGUAAUGCAAGGGGUGGCUUUUCUAGAUAAAGCUCUUUUUACAGCCUAUACUCUCAAUAUUCCUGAUGAAGGAGAAACUCUACCGCAAUUCCAAGUGAAUCUAGCCGCUCUAUUAGAAGCCUUACAGAUAUUCGGGGCUACAGAUGUGGCCGCUCGAGCUGCCAAAGCUGAAGCAGAGAGCUACCGCAGCAAUCUACGUAACUAUCGUGCAGAUGCCUUCAACCAUCAAAAUCUAGGCAUGCCAGGCACGUGUUGUUUGAUGUAUGAGGAAGAUGGUGCUCCAUUAAGCAUCAUCUUGGAGGAAACUGGAGUCAAAACCCAGUGUAAUAUGAUGACCUAUACGUCCGAAUCACCUGAAGAAAUCCCAUUCGAUCGCGAAGAUCUUUCCUUUAAAAUUAUCAUGAAUGCUCGGUGGCUCCUCGAUGCUCUUUCUGAGCUAGCUCCUAUGGCCCCAGUGCGUAUCACCAUGGCUGCAUCGCCAAACGCGCCAUAUCUGAGUCUAUCAAGUGGCGGGGGACUUGGGAGUGCCAGUGUCGACUUUUCAAGUGGUCGAGAUCUCCUUGAGACCUUCUCGAUACGUGACCGCUGGGUUCAGAGCUUUAAGUUCGACUUCAUCAAGUCAGCGAGCGAGGCUAUGCGAAUUGCGAACAAAGUCAGCUUUCGCGGGGAUGGUCAAGGCGUCCUUAGUUUGCAGUUUAUGGUGGAAGUAGAAGGCGGUGCUGUAAGCUUUCUCGACUUCCGAUUCGUUCCUUAUGUCACGCAAGAAGAUGAGGAGACGGAAUCUGAAGACGAAGACGAUUAAUGACUAAAUACGCCUAACCAGCCGCUCAGGCGUAUAUGUCCGUCAUACGGGAUGUAACGGUCGUUUGUUAGCCGGUUCUAAAAUCGAUUGAGUUUCUUUUCAGCUCAUCAACGUGCUAUUUCCAAAUCAAAUGUUUACAUUCGUUAGCUGGCCCCUAUUCACACCUCGAGACUUUUUACUCAAAUCAAUCACCGAAUUCAAUGUCUACGAUUCCUGAUUUCAAGGCCAGUAGACUUAUAGCUGAUACCCAG